AUAUAUGAUUCAGAGAUGCAGAAUCGAAGUUGAUUUUUUCACCUUUUCAAAGAUGAAUCAAGCAAGAAUAUCACAUUUAGUGUCGAAAUUGAAAUACAAACCUCAGGACAAACCCCGAAAAUUACGAAAUAUCGAUGGGCCAGCUGGGAGAAUUCGGAAAAUACAGAAAACAUUAACAGCUUUACUUAAAUAUGAGAGAAUCGAACUGAAUUAUCGACGUGCCGAUGAAGUUCGAGGUUAUGCGGAACGGCUCAUAUCAGAAGCGAUACGACACGGUCCCACCCAUCAGGAAACAAUGAACAUAGCAGAUUAUUGGAUAGAAGAAAAGCAAUUUGUUCACAAGCUCUUCAAAGUUUUGGUACCAAGAUUUCAAGAAUUCGACACGACUUAUACCAAACUCCAUCGAAUACCAAAAGAAUAUCCAGGAGGCCAGUACGAACGAGCAGUUUUGGAACUUCGUGGAAAUCCAUAUCCGAGCAUUGACCAAUCAAAUCCACACGAACCGAUGUUGCUACAUAAUAUUUUAUUGGAUGAAGCUAGACGCGAAUACCGGCUCUCAAAGUAUCAGGAAUUUGCUGAAAGCCUGACUGCAAAAAGCAACACAAGCGAACCGCAACAAUCGGAGGAAACAAAGGCCAAAGAUUGAAUAUUUUCAAAUAGCUCGUAAUGAUUUUCAUUUGUGUAAGAAAUAAAAGUUAGAUACAAA